AUGGACAAAUCAGCCUUCAUUAGUAAGAUCGCGGCACAAUCCCAAGCUAAGCAAAAUACAAAAGCAAAGCUUCAAAAGUGCAAUGAUGCAGUAAAUGAUAAUGCACUGGUGCUGGACUUAGUUUUAGCCAACUUUAAUGACGUUGUACCAAGGACUUACCGCCUGCUAAAGAGGAUCAUUAUCCAGCUUUAUUACUCGAUUAAUUUUGCUAAUGAGAAAAAUUCAAAAUAA